UACAUUCCACUUGGCACACUGAGAAAAAUCCAUCCGUUUUGUUGUUGCUGUUCUGCCUUAAGGAAAAAGAAUGGUGGUCUCUUGUAAGCUCAUAGCAUCCACUGUCAUUACAGUUUCCAUGUUCCCGGUCGUCUUUCUGGUGUGUGCUGUCUUCCAGUAUGGCAGAACUGUGAUACCUCCUGGAAUUGAGCAGCCAUUAAAGAUGCGCCUCUACCAAACUAUACUAAUCUCGGUACUCCUUUGGGGGGAUAUUUUAGAGAAACUGGGUCUCUACAGUCGUACAGAUUUUUUACGAUUUGCAAUGCAAGGAUUGCCAACCUUCAGGGAUUCAUCACUUCUCAUUCAGAACAAGAAAUUUGAUGAGGUGCCAGUGAGGAUUUAUCAGCCUAAAAAAACAACUUCAACAAAACAGAAAGCUGUCAUUUACAUCCAUGGAGGGGCUGGUGUUUAUGGAUCCAUUGAUGACUACGAAAGAGUUGUACGGCAUUUGGCCAAAGAGGGUGAUUCCAUGGCUGUAGCAAUUGGAUAUGGUCUUGCACCAGAAAAUCCUUAUCCAAGCCAGUAUGCUGAAUGUCUAAAGGCCAUCGUCCACUUUCUGAAGCACACUGAAGAUUAUCAUGUAGAUGCUUCCCGUGUUAUCCUUGCAGGGGACAGCUUGGGAGCAAAUAUGGCAGUGCGGAUUUGCCAAUUGCUGGUGGACAGAAAAGAUCUCCCGAAAGUUCAUGCUCAGGUUUUGAUCUAUCCAGCACUGCAGGGAAUGGACUUAGAUUUGCCUUCAUAUCAACAGAAUGCCAGAGUUCCACUCUUGUGGCGGAAAACGGCUGUCUAUUUCAGCUGCCUUUUCUUCAAUGAGAAGACGUCGUUCGUAGAUGAGGUCGUGGAGGGUUGCCAUGUUCCUCCGGAGAUGAGGUUGAAAUAUCGGAAAUGGGUGAAUGGAGACCUCAUUCCCGAAAAAUUCAAGGUCAGAGGCUACAAACCGCGAGAUCCGGCCUCAUAUAAAUUUAAACCGGAGGUGUACGAAGAAAUGAAGGGAAUGUUGGAUAUUACAGCUUCACCACUUUUGGCUGAAGAUGCCAUCAUCAGCAAGCUCCCACAGGCAUGCAUUUUGACCUGCGAGUUUGAUAUACUCCGAGAUGACGGGCUGCUGUACAAGAAACGACUGGAGGACAAUGGCGUGCCAGUCAAGUGGACCCACAUUGAGACCGGCAUGCAUGGAGCAGUCCCCAUUUUUGGCUAUGGGAUAUUGUCCUUUCCAGCAUCUCAACAGCUUGUGGAUGGUGCUGCAAAGUUUAUCAAAAGCUUAUGAGUAAAAAACAAGCUUGGCAGACUAUUCUCCC